CCUUACAGAGUUAGUCACGCUGCAGCAGACCGGCACAUUUCGUUAAAUUUUUUCACUUCUCAUGAAAUAGGAAAUGACCCACUCAUACUUUUGAACAAUCUGCUAGUGUUUAUGCGAAACGGAGUGUGUAUAGAAGUUUGUCAUUACCCUUAAAAGGUUACAUAUGAGAAUCUUUGUCAGAGUUUGUUCGAAACUAAUCGACGAAUAUUAGCUGUCGGAAACAUGGAGAUGAACGAAGACGGGGCCGAGCAUGAGGGGCGGAAAAAAUCAGAUAGCUCGGUCCCAAUGCAGCGGAGGAGAUUUAAUGGUGUAUACCCAGCUCCUAUAGAUAAACUAGGUCCAUUUGGGAGAUGGUUACGCCACACAUUACUGGAUGCUAUACUAGUAGGAACGCCAGUUCUGGUCGCCAUACAGAAAUGCAGAACCCCAUUCAGAGACAAAUUGAUGCAUUUCCUAAGCUUCCUGGGCACAGAAGAUUUCUACACCCCAUUGAUCCUACUUUUUACUUGGGUAAUAGAUAUACGUUUGGGGCGUGUGGUAUGCCUGUUUAUGUCCCUGGUUUUCCAUGUGGCCGGUACACUGAAGAACUUGCUGAGAUUGCCCCGGCCGCCACAUCCUCCUGUGCAAGUCCUUGAACAAGCAUAUGACUGGGCCAUGCCCAGUCUUCAUUCCAUCCUGGGUGUAGUGUUACCCUGGUACAUCUGGAUUUACUGCUAUGUUCACUACCACUUCACCCCACUGAGCCUCAUUGUGUUGUUCUGCAUCAUUGCAUUCUGGUCAUUCUCGGUGAUGUUCAGCAGGUUCUACCUAGGAGUUCACAGUCCAGCAGAUAUAGUGGUUGGGGGGACAGUUGGGGUGCUCCUACUCUCAAUAUUCGUACAAACUGAUGAUUAUUUGGAUCACUACAUUGGAUACGCUCCACAUGUGAUCCUGCAGAGUUUUGUAUUCUUCAUGGUGCUCCUAGCAAUUCAUCCAAGGUCAGAUCCUCCCACACUCUCCUUUGCUGACACGGUAGUCACAGGCAGUGUAGCAUUUGGUGUGGUGGUAGCCAGACAUCGUACCGUGGGUCAACACUCCAUUGUGUCAGCACUCCUAGAGCAGACCACAGACAACACCAGUGUGAACAGUAUUGUUAUCAUGGCACUAGCCAGAAUAUUAAUAGGUUUCCCAGUGGUGUUACUGACACGUUCAAUUGUGAAGUCCGUGGUGCGGUCGUCAAUAUUCCAGAUCUGCCAGUUGUUUCAUAUUCCAGCCUACAGUCACGCUGACUAUGCAAAGAAUAGCGUGCAGUUAACAAAACACUACUGCCCUGGUUUCAAACUACCUCCAGUUUAUCCUGAAAAAGUGAAGAAAACCUCAGAGAUCAAGAAGAAAGAUGCGAAAGAGGAAGAAGAUGAUGAGAACACGCGAGACACAGAGGUGGACAGGGAAGGAGGCACGUCCUCGGUACCAGUGAAGGAAGCGGCUCCUUUUGAUGUGGACAUCCCAACUAAAUUUUUCACUUAUACAGCCAUGACUUGGGUGGCAGCGGAGUGGUGUCAUUAUCUUUUUCACUACAUGAACAUCGUUGCUUGAGCCAUUAUAUAAUUUGAUUGUAACUGAAGGCUACUUGUACACACAUGG